UCCGUCGCGUUUGCGAUCUGAGGCAAACAGUGAACGUAAUAAAUGCGCACAGUGUAAUUGUUUUCUGAUAUCCGGUUCUAGGUUCUAAAAAAGCAAACACUGUCCACUAGCCUCACCGUUUACCUACACGAUUGUAUUUUCUUCCCGAUCAAGCCGUGGUGCCCCAAACAAAGCUCCUCGCUUGCGACCGUGAAGCGUUUCGCGAGUGGUUUUGUGCUGUGAAGAUGUACUAACAGCAGUACGGUGCAGAGAUCUAUGGUGUAGAUGCAAAGCAAGCUGUGGGGCAAAGAAAGUGUCUACUACGUUAGGCACAGCGUCAACACAUCAUAAGCAUCCAAAAAUCUAUUCGGUUCCGUCCGCCAGCGCCCGUGAGGCCAGGUCGAUGACCCAACAGACGGCACAGGGAUACAGCUCCCCCGAGAUGCAUACCGAAAUGGGAAACUAAAGAUUGUACGGAUCGUAUCCGCGUUUCCAAACCCUUUUCCUCAACAACAUUCCAGCGUUUUGCGGCUGGAAUGUAAAACAUUUCCUUACCGUUCGUGCAAUGUUCCGAAGGUGUCGGUGAGUGUGUUGCGGUGCAAGAAAAGGUGAAGCUGUCAUCGGAUGGGCACAAAACAAGCGAUUUACAUUAUGGGCUGCAACAGCGAAGAAAUGUGACUCAAGCUAAGAAAGUCUUGCUUGGUGGUGUGCAACGGGGACUAAAGGCCUGAUUUAAUCGAUAAAUAAUCAGUAUUAAGAAAAAAGUGAAUUAUCAAUCCACGCACACAUUAGGAGGCUACUAUACGAUACCAGGUUUAAAACAGUGACCAAACAUCAGCCAUUGCGUUUGAUUGUUAUUCUUUAGUAUUCCCGUUGCGCUUGAGACGACUUGGGACUUGAACUGGUUAGAAUGUCUUCGAAUCCAAUGCAUACACAAAGCCCAGACGCUGCCCUGAUCGCUCGAAUGCAUCAGAUGCGAUUGGACUCAGCGGAUGUCUCAGGUGUUGGGGCAGGUGGAAAAACGAUCGGCUCGCUACCGAGAGCUCAUCAUCAUCCCGGUGGUAUGCAUAGCCUUUCGGGAAGCGGUAACCCGUACGCACCAACGACGUCCACGACGGUCGCAAUGGGAGCAGCUCCCGGCAGCAACGGGGCUACCGUGGCUGCCUCCAUGGCCACGAUGGUGAAUAUGAACGACUACAGAAUGUACGAUCGGUACCAGAAUCAGAUGCUUGCGGCAGCAGCGGCUGGGAACAAAUUUCAGCAAGGUGGUAGUGCGCAUGCUACGGCAUCGGCAGCUUCCAGUGCGAUGGUUGGAGGAAGCGUCAACAGUGUCAGCACCAGUGGCGGCAGUUAUCAGUACAGGGUCAAUAACAGCCCCACCCAUUCGAUGAGCAAUUCAUCGCUCCACUCCGGUGGUGCCAGUCCUAGGGCGAGUAUGGCCAGCAACGCCUCGGGGGGAGGAGCAAUGCCCCAGGGCCAGCAAUACUACGACUCGCGGUAUCAAACCUUGUACGAGAACAUUGACUACUACCCACCAGCGUCGCAGCUUCAGCAACAGCAGCAGCAAUCGAUCGAUGCGCUCAUGUACGACCAUCGAAAGUUCGAAUCGCACAACACAAAAGCACAACCUCAGGUCGCCGUUGGAGCGACGGGUCAUCAUCAUGCCGCGAACGGAGGUGGUAGCCCGAUGCCGAACCAGCUCCACGGAAUGAUGAAUAUCGCGGGUCGGUAUGCCCACACUCCGCAGCCUCCAGAGUUGCUGCCUGCAGAGCAGCCACCGAUUUACGAAAACCUGCAGUCUCCACCGCCCGCAGGACAGCAGGCGCAACCUCAGGCCACGAAAGCUUCCACGCAGGUGUACUACCACCAGCGCACUGAUGGUACGACCCCCAGCCCGAGUGCUACGCCACACCAACAGCAGCAACAUCAGCCACAGUACUAUGGCAUUGCCGCGGACCAGCUUCAGCAACCCAUCUACGAGACGACUAACCCCAAUCCAAGUGCAUAUAGGACCACAGCAGGCGGUGCUGCUGCUGCAGGUGCGGUCCCGGUCCAUCCUCCGACUAGCAGCAUGUACCACCAGCAGCAACAACAACAGUAUCAUCACUCUCCAACCAACAGCAGCAUUGCGGUGAAAAUUGCACAACAACCGCAACCGGUCCAGUUGCCGAACGUGAAAUAUCAUGCCACCGGUGUUCCGGCUUCGGCUGCCCUGCCGUACGAUUUCCAAAAAUCGUCCAAACUAGCCCCGUCACUGCCUCCUAAAUCAUCGGAAGCUAUCAAAACGCAGCAGAAGAACAACAACUCUCCCUCGCGCACUAGCUCCAUUUCCGGUUCAAGCUCACUGAACAAAAGCUUCGUCGAGGACAUUAAUGGUUCGGAUUACGUUUGUAUGACCAGCGGAACCAAAUACACCAAUGCCGCGGCCGGCGGUAGCAAUACAUUGCCGAAUCAGAAGCUGUCCGCGCUUGCACCGGGCACCGCCACUCCCACCAACGGUCCCACACACCCACAGCAGGCACAACUGGGACAUGAACGCCAAUACGCGACGCUACAGGAAAUGGAGGUUGCAAAAAAUCAGCUAUCCAAUAGCCAUGGCAAAUCAGCGACCCAACAAUCCAACGCAGCAAUCCUCAACAGUAAGUUGCAGAAUGCAAACGGUGCUGCUGCUGGUUUGACUGCGGGAGGAAACUCAGCUGGCAUGGGACUCAGAGGUGCCGUCUCGCCCACCCCGUCACAAUUGAGCACGGGGUCCGGUUCGGGAAAACCAAAAGGAUUAACCAAAAAUCUACUCCCAUACAACGUGACGCCACCGAGGCCGACCGGGCCGACCGAGGCAGAGCGGAAGAUCGAAGAGCUGACCCGCCAGCUGGAGGAGGAGAUGGAGAAAAACGAAGAGCAAGGUGAAUACUUUGGUAUAUGCCACACUUGCAAGGAAAAAGUAACCGGGGCCGGAGCCGCCUGCCAAGCGAUGGGGAACCUCUACCACACCAACUGCUUCAUCUGCUGUUCGUGCGGGCGUGCCCUGCGAGGGAAGGCGUUCUACAAUGUCCAUGGACGCGUGUACUGCGAGGAAGACUACAUGGUAAAAUACUCGGGCUUCCAACAGACGGCUGAGAAAUGUGCAAUUUGUGGACAUUUGAUCAUGGAAAUGAUUCUUCAAGCGAUGGGUAAAUCGUACCAUCCCGGAUGUUUCCGUUGCUGCGUUUGUAAUGAAUGCCUCGACGGUGUCCCAUUCACGGUGGACGUGGAUAAUAAAAUCUACUGUGUCAACGACUAUCACAGCAUGUUUGCGCCAAAAUGUGCAAGCUGUGGUAAAGGCAUUACACCAGUGGAAGGCACCGAAGAGACGGUGCGCGUUGUGGCAAUGGAUAAAGAUUUCCACGUCGAUUGCUACAUUUGCGAGGAGUGCGGCAUGCAGCUAACGGAUGAACCGGACAAACGGUGCUACCCGUACGAGGGCCGCCUGAUGUGCCGCUCUUGCCAUAUACAGAAGAUAUCGAUACAAGAUAUGCGCGGUCGCAUUAUUGAGCCAGUUUCAGCCACCUACCAAUACAUGGGUUAAUAACCCCAAUUUCAUCCCAUUCCCCGGUGGAAGGCAGCUUCCGGUUUCGGCACGACCGAGAACCACCUUUUUGGAUAAUCAAAUACAAUGUAUUCGGUCGACGGAUUAAUUCGUCGGUAAACACUUUCAUCAGAACGUAUUUUCGCUUACCGCCGUCUUCCAGUUCCAGCGAGGUAUGGUUUUGUGUUUGUCCUUUCGACCAUUCUUCAGCCAUCCACUACUAUGGGCCGUGCGAAAGGCGUUCGUUCCCUUACGCCAUUAUUUCCAUUCGCGUUGCUCAACGAUACUGUGAAAGAUAAUGGAUUAGAGAUUGCCCAAAUGGUGGGCCAAAUUUGGCCCGCACAAGCGAGACUCGUAUAAUAAUACUACUAACAACAUUCCACUAAAUGUUUAUGUGCGUGCGUUACACAGUAAACGACAAAAAAUACGCGUAUUUAAAUUUAACACGCAAAUCAAACCUUAGAGUAUUGAAUUACUAGUAAUUACAAUCACGAAAAGAAGGGUAUCGAUUGUAUUCGGAUGGGAACCUUGCAAUAGUUGCAGCAUUUGCAUUUACUUUGGCCUAAUUCAUGCCAUUGCGAUAACAGAAUAAAAACGAAGGAAAUUCUUGAACUUCAUCCAUGCUGUACCGGUAAUGUCGACUUUGCUUUGCUUUAUUUUGAGAAACAGAAACGAAUCACAAGCGAUAAGAACGGGAGUAAGCGAUGGGGGGCUAUGGUUCUUCUU